UUACUCUUAUAGUCAGGGUCUGUGAACCCUUGGCCAAGCGCUAACACUUGAAAAGCCAGAACUUUUCAAGAUCUUGAUUAUUUUGUUCACUUGUUGAACUCCAAGGGAUUUUCUUGGAUUUUCCAAGGAAUUUUUCGUGUGAGAAGACGACUUCGUUCACUUGAUUACUGGGUUUUACUUAGAUUUGUGUAUUAGCAUUUGAAUCUAUUAUCAGCCGCGAUGGCAUCAUCUAUUAGUUCUGAACCGUCAUUCCAAAUUGAAAUGCCACCGGAUUCCCGAUCCGAAGCUGAAUUGAGCUUGAACAGGGUUGCUAAUAGUUAUAGUGAUACUCUCCCGAAUCGUACCGUCUGGGUCAUCAACUCACUUCCGGUCGAUUCGGACUUGAGGUCUUUGAUGAUGGAAUACUUUGCCAACUUCGAAAAGACUUUAGAGUACUGUACUGCCCUUAAGGAUUGCCUCGAACGUGCUCCAAACAAUCACGCAAUUAUUGAGUCGGCGCUUAAAUGUUAUGAUGAAGAGGACAAAUUAGGAGUCGGGACCGUCGAGAAGAAUUCCGUUAGGGCCUUGGAGGAACUGAGGAAGUUCAGAGCAGCUGAAGAGCCUUUCGUUAAGAAGUUCCUUGAACUGAAAAUAAUGGCCCAACAGCGGUACGAAUCGAUGCAAGAGAAGGUGUGUGCUCGGAAGAAAACGCUCGAAAAGAAAGUGGAAUCAUGGGAAACAUGGAGGAGGGUGUUGGUGGCCUUUUUUGUUGCCGCUUUUAUUUCCGUGUUGGUUUUUUCCGUGGUGGCGGUAAUCAAAUCCGCAAAGCCUGUCAUAACAACUUUGGCAGGUGCGUUGACGACUGCUAUAGUUCCGUUGGGAACAUGGUGCAACAAGUGUUUGAAGCGGAACAAGGAAAAGAUAAAGAAGAAUAAGAAGUUAACAGCUAUAAUGGAGAUCUAUGGUUCUAGUGCAACCACCAUAUGGAUGCAUGUUAAACGAUUGGAAAUUAAGAAAACGUCACUGUCGCGCUCCGUUGAUUACGUGCUCACAGAAGGAUAUACUUUGAAGGUUGGGAUGGAUAAUAUCAACAACAAAUUGAAACUUGUUACGCCUAUCAUCACAGAUUUGCUUCGAGAGACCAAUAACUGUAGCUGUAAAUUUGGGACGGUUCAGGAAGAGAUUCAGCGGCAGAUGAUGCUCAUGCUCUAGCACAUCAACCGGAGAGCGAAGACAACCCCUUGGGUACUCUAGCAAUGACAUGCCUCACCGUAUUUAUGGCGUAUCGGUUUUACAUGCGAAGACAACCCCUUGGGUACUCUAGCAAUGACAUGCCUCACCGUAUUUAUGGCGUAUCGGUUUUACAUUCCGAUUUAUGUACAUUCAGGUUUGUGAUUACAUAUAUAAUCUAAUGAUUCUAUGGUCCUAUGUGAUCAUGUACAUUUGAUCCUAAACAGGUGUUGUUGUACAUUAGUCUCUUAAAGUGCUACCCUAUUCCCCCGAAUCUGGUUUUCUUUGGACCGAUUUCGGUGAUGAAUUGGAACUCUUUGUUACCUUGAAAAUAAAUAUUAUUACAUUGACAAAUGCUUUAAA